CCCUUGAAGCGAGCGCGAAAUUCGAUUUUUGUCUUCAAGGUCAACGGCUGUAAAUAGACCGGGAAGAUAAGAAAAAGUACAAGAAAAUAUAAUGAUUCCGAGAGAGGGGUAACCCACAACAUAGGAGCAUCGACCAAGGCGGAUAUUUUUCACGAUUUUGACGAGUUUUAGGGUAAUUUCAUGGCAGAAAUGGCUUUAAGUUAUGCGCGUUUGUCUCGACUGAGGCAGGCAGUUACUCGUAGCCAAAAAGGGCAUGGAGAGUCGGGUGGUUAUGAAAGUUCAGAGGGUGACAACAUCAAAGUUUAUGUCAGAGUCCGUCCUCCGGCCGAAAAUCUUGAGUCCGGAGUUGACCGCACACCAUGCAUUGAAGUCACAUCUGCAAACAGUCUUCUUUUACACAGCCGCCCAGAGCCCAAAACCUUCUCCUUUGACCAUGUUGCUGACACCAACACUAUGCAGGAGGAAGUUUUUGGUGCAGUGGCAAAGAACAUAGUAGAAGGUUGCGUUGACGGCUAUAAUGGGACCAUAUUUGCCUAUGGCCAAACAGGAUCUGGCAAGACCUUCACCAUGCUUGGACCUGCUGAAGGCGAGGCGGAGUGCUUCACACACGAGCUAAGAGGUGUCAUCCCAAGGUGUUUUGAGUACCUCUUCAGUCUGAUCAAAAGAGAACAGGAAAAGCAUGGCGAUCAUUUAGAAUUCCUGUGUCAGUGCUCAUUUCUAGAAAUUUACAAUGAGCAAAUUUUCGACUUGCUUGACCCGGCGUCAAGCGGGCUUGCCCUAAGAGAAGACCUCAAGAAGGGAAUAUUUGUGUGUGGAUUGUUGGAACGUGAUGUGACAAGCGCUAAGGAGGCAUAUAAUGUGCUGAACUCUGGCUGGCUCAACAGAAGGGUGGCCUCUACUUCAAUGAAUCGUGAGAGUAGCCGUAGUCACGCUGUCUUCACUGUAACUCUACAGUCAAGGGAGAAGAAAAACAACAUGUCUAAUAUCAAAGUUUCACGUCUCCAUCUGGUGGACCUUGCUGGAUCAGAGCGACAGAGGGACACUCACGCAGAGGGCCUCAGGUUAAAGGAGGCGAGCAGCAUCAACAAGUCUCUAUCGGCACUUGGAAACGUCAUCAUGGCUCUUGUGGAUAUAACUCACGGCAAGAACCGACACAUUCAUUACAGAGACUCCAAACUAACGUUCCUUCUCAGGGACUCGCUUGGUGGCAAUGCGCGCACUUACAUCAUCGCAAAUGUUCACCCAUCCGCCAAGUGCUUCGGGGAAACUCUAUCCACUUUGAACUUCGCUAGAAGAGCAAAGAUGAUCAAAAACAAGGCGGUUAUCAAUGAGGAUAGUACCGGAAGUGUAAUAGCUCUUCAAGCAGAAAUCAAGAAGCUUCGCGAAGAAGUCUCCAGGCUUAGAGCUGGUGCACCAAUCCCCAUUAGAGAAAAGAGUACACCCGAUAACGAUGCAGCGCUACAGCGACAGAAUUCCUCAGAUGGCAACAAUAACGAGUACAGCCAGCAGUAUCGAGAGUGGAAAGAAAUGAUCCUAGCGGCAACUGAAGCAAGGGAAAGGGCGGAGCAGGAGAAGUUGAUUCUUGUCGAAAAAGUUCAGAAAUUGGAGGAGCUGUGUAGCAAGAAGGACAAAUUUGUGAUGUCUACAAAGAUGAUCUUAAAAUUCCGAGAGAGUCACAUCGCUAAACUGGAGCGCAUGCGCAAAAGUAGCAAGGAAGACCUGGAGAAAGAGGAGGACACUCGAGACCAGCAGAUCCAACUGCUGAAAGAAGAGAUCAGUAUGCUAAAAGAGCAAGUAGAACAUCACCCCGACGUCACGCGGUUCGCCAUGCAAAACCUGGAGCUCCGAGCUGAAGUUAAAAGGCUGCGAACGAUUGACAAUGAAGGCAACGACAUCACCACAGAACUCGCCAAGAGCCAUCGCUACACUUAUCAACUAGAACAGCAACUCAGGAAUCUUCUCAAGUCGCCACAGGGAAGUGUUGAUCUCGAGCGUAGUUUAUCGAGUUCGUUGCUCAACCUAGAAGCCUCAAAUGCUGAACUAGAGAAAUACAAGAUCGAGCGUGGGCAGAUGAUGGCAACGCUUGACUCGACGCGCGAGGACCUGGAACAGACCCGGGAAAGCCUCCAGCAGUUGAAAGAGAAGCACGUGAACGAGUCUGAGGGCCACCGCCGUAAGAUCGUCGAGUUGGAGGCAGGGCUUUCAUCUUCCAAGAAGACCAUCUCAGAACUAGAGAGAGCACUCGACGCCUACCAGUUGAAGACAGCGAUGGAGAGAACAACGCUCAACGAGAUCCACAUGCAAACCAUCAAGACUUUGACUUCUCCCCGAAAAUCACCGAACUCAAAGCGUCUCACACCGCAAUCAGCGGCAAAAUCCAAGCGUGGAAAUCCGCUGACUCCUCGCGGCAACGACAUCAACAGGCUCAACUCACCGGUGAUUAGCCUGGACGAAGAGAAGCCGCCGAGCUGGCUCAAGCGACGAGACAGCUUCCACGACACGAGCGACAGUGAGUUCGACGAGCCUUUCUUCGACUUUGAGGGGGAUGACAUGGACGCGGAGGAAAUCUACAGCGAGGCACUCAUGGAUGAGCUGAAAAAACUACAGGACAUGAACAAUGACUGUCUCCAGAAACUCCAGGCGGAGGAGGCCAAAGCUAUCAGACUUAGUCAAACAGCAACUAAACUCGACCACCAAGUGCAACAGCUUAACAAUAUUUUGACGAGUGAAAGGGAGAAAUUUGCGGCUGCAGAGACGGAGCUUAACCUGCGUAACCUGAGUCUGACGGAUAAGCUCAAAGAGGCCAAGGGCAAAAAUACAAUCCUAGGGAGUGAGGUAGAAGACCUCAAGAUCGUCCUACAGUCUGCCGACAAAGAGUUAGAGUACGUCAAAAAGCAGCGUGACCUUGAGAGUAUUGAGGUUGGCAGGAAAACUGCAUCUCUUGAGAGCCAGGUGACGAAGCUCGAGAUUGAAAACUACAAUAAGCAGAACGAGAUUGAAAGUGGAAUCGAAUCCAUCCAGAACCUGCAGUCUGAGGUGGAGACGCUCCGGGCUGAGCUGGAGUUCAACCAGCACAAGACGGACCAGUACGAGGAGUUGCUCAAGAGUGAGCGUCAGCGGAUUCGCUCGCUAGAGCAGGAACUGCAGUCAACGAACGAGAAGCUGCACUUCCAGACAGAGACGAACAUGAACCUAAUGAGCACGCAGGACGUGCAGGAGGAGCGAGUCCGCGCCUUGGAGCAAUGCCAGACUCUACAAGCCGAGCUGCAGAAGAGUAACGCGCAAUGCGAACAACAGGCGUACAGAAUCAUGGCAAUUACUCAAGAUUUGGAGGAGUGUAAGGGAAUGGUUAACGCUCUCAACAAACGUAACGAAUCUGACAAGGAUUGCGUCAACAAUCUGAUGGAGUCUGUGAAAGGAUUAAAGAAAGUAGUGAGUGAAAAAGAGGCGGAGUUGGGCGCGCGAUACAGUGAACUUGAGGAGACACGCUCGCGAGUACAGGAGCUGAAUGACACGUUAUCUGAAAAGGAACGAACGAUUGAUAAACUGAAGGAAAAGCUCGGCAAGGAAGCUGAGAAAAUCAAUCGAGAGAGACAACAAUGGGAGUCAGAGACGUCUACGCUUCGCGAAGACCUCAAACGUACUUCGCAACAGUGUAUAGCACUCGCCAAGGCGCUGGAAGAGCAACAGCAACAGUACACGGCCAUGCAGGCGGUCAGCUGACAGUGACGUCACUGCCAGGGAAAGGUUCUAUGACGUCACCUCAUCGGAAAACAAAAUAUUUCGGAUGUGACUCCAGUGGCUCCCCACGUUUAAAUUAUCUAGAUGUCAUCAAUGUGACGUCAUCGCCCCAACCUCUGACGUGUGAGCCUAUGGCGUCACUAUAACCGAAGGAUUUUGCUUUCCUUCGCCACUUAAUGGAACAUAAGCAACUCAUGGGACAAGGGAAACCGUGGCCAUUUGGAUAUUGUACCAAGAACAAAGUCUUGUCUUUCGUCAUGCAUAUCUGCACCUCAAGAUUUUAAAAGCAUUGAAAACAUCUUCGCGGAGUUUGAAUGGCGAUGUUGACGUUACAGCUGCAAAGAAAAGAAAUGACACUGGCUUCACAUUGGCUUUGUUGCCUUACUUUGUUACUCUGUACAUCAAACUCUCGUACGCGACUCCGUUGGUGGUACCUGUGGUGUCAUAGAACAAGGUAGCCUGGACUCUCGUACGUGGCUCCGUUGGUGGUACCUGUGGUGUCAUAGAACAAGGUAGCCUGGACUCUCGUACGUGGCUCCGGUGGUAGUGUCAUCUAAUGAGGUAGACCCUAACCACGAAGGAGAGUUCAGGUGCUUUAGCAGAUUGCACAGGGAAGCGUAUGUACGAGAAAGUAUAGAAACGAUACUAGUAACUUUUAAUGCCUUUGUCAAAUAAGGCAACAUUGUUGGGCAGAAGCACCCAGAAGAAUUCGAUCCCAACAAUGUUGUACUACUUGCAGGUAGACUGUAUGCUUCUGUAAACCCAUAUCUUCUCGUUCUCGCUUUAUUCGCUGUAUACCAUCAUCACUCUUACGCAUAUCAUUAAGUAAAGAUAUUUUUAUAACGAUAUUUAAUAUAUUCAUGUCCUUUUGUAAAUAUUUUGAAAUUUAAGAAAGUCAAACGUAUUAUUAAGUCAACUACUAUCUAUGCUUACUGCUUACUGAUAAAUGCUCGUAGCUUAAAGAAUGUCGAUCAACCACUCUUUUGUUAUUGUUUAUUAUUGAAAAUACAAUGGUUUAUUUGCAAGGAAACUUCAACGAUAAUUGAUUGAGAAUAUCCUAGUUACCGGUACUCGCUUGAAUUAGCCGAUGGAAAGGGAUGUCUUGUGUAACUCGGCAUUGAGCGGGAGCAUAAAAUGGUGGCGUGAUUAGUCUUUCUUUAAGCGCUUACAUCUAUCAGCAGGGACAUCGAGCCAGAGCUAAGUAAACACUGGACCUUGCUUAAAGAGUUAAAGAGUCCCUGGAAGCCGCGAUGUUGUCAUCCUUGCAAAGUACCAAUCCAUCAAUUUCCAUCGGAAGCUGUUGUGAUGUUUUCGAUAGCAUCCAAUCAAUAAAACAUAAGAUUUUAAUUUUUGGUGGUCACUUAAUUUUAGGAGAUUCCUUCUCGUAAUCUGUCUUCCACUACUGGUUGAAAACAAUAACAAAGGUGUGGCUGAAAAGUGCUCCUUAAACCUUCUUGCAACAGGGACGGUAAAGAACCGGGAAUUUCUGUUAACUAUAUCCAUGCAUCAAUAUCUUACCUCAUACUUUAUAAGCAAACACGUAUAUAAACAAGCCUCGUCCCCAGGCUAUUCCUUUGAUGUCAGCUCCAUGAUGCUUUGCGCUCACUCACACUUUUCAAUAUGGCAGACGGUGCUCAUGCUGACUUGGAGUAGCCUGGCAGAUUCUUCACCAAUAUCUCCGUUUCUCCAAAAAAUAAUUUUUAUUUCACCAGCUAUCAAAGAAGUGUGCUUUGAAAAGUGCUCAGUAUUUUUUUUUAGUAGGAUAUCGCUGCUUACAUUAGAAAAAUUCGAUGAGUCGUUAAAUCUCUUCUCAAAUAUAGCCUAUUUUACGCAGAAAAACAAAUUAUUUUACAUUUUUUACAGUCUACACAUGUUAAAUAAUAAAUAUCUCAUCAAAAUAAACGAGUCUUUACAGCUUUGAAGAUAGAAAAGAAUGUCUUUUAGGGCUUCCAAAAAUGAUGUCUCUUCACUCAAAGGGAUAGACGCCAUUUAUUAUGCACUUUCGGAAUUGGGCUUCCUGUGGUACUAUUCAUGGAAGAGAGGGGACUGAGGGCGAGUUGAUCCGCAAGCCUUAAGAAAGGGUGUAAAGUCCCUAAUACCUAUUCUCCCAGCCAGACCCCUGCUCUGUCUUGACCACGCCACAGGUGGCCCGAAAUGGAUAACAAGUUCCUUUUCCCAAUAAAAGGCCCAAAACACUCGAGACGCCUGUGGAUAGGGCUAGCUCCUAGUGUAAGACCGCGUUUUGGCACAGAUCUCUUCUUUCAUGGAGAAAACACAGAGUGAAAACGUUAAACUUCCGGUUGCCGUCCGCCUUUCAGACGCAUAUUUGCUUGAGUUGUUAUUUAUGGCUGUAAACGUUUGUUAAGUGAUUACAUGAAACAUAUGGAAUAGAAAAUAAAACCCCGAUUUUGAGAUUCUU